CGGACGAGUGCGCCCGAGAACAGCAACGGCUCCAGACGAGGGCACCGUAUCACAACCCUUCCUUCCUUCUUUCGCGUCGUCCUCGGCCCGCGCCACUGUUCCUUCGGGAGACCAGCGAGAUCGCACGGAGGCGGGAGAGGUGGCGCAUUAGGAGUUCGAGUAAAGGGGAUCCCGGGACUAGCCGACGACGGUUUUGCUCGCGGUGGUAUCAUCACGCGGGGGGACUAGAGAGGAGAGAUAGAGAGUUUGCUGGUGCCGUGUAACGGCGGACAGAAAACAUACUAAUCAUAUUGCAGCUAAUUCGACGAGUAUAAGAACAACGGGAACCCGGAAUAAUGGAGGGCAAGAAAGUCGAGCAGUAUUACAGUCCGCCGCCGAAGCUGGGCAAAUGGGAGGGCUUCAGGAUCUUUCUGUGGAACUCCGAGACGGGACAGUUCCUCGGGCGUACAGGCGCUAGUUGGGCGAAGAUUUUGUUAUUCUACAUUAUUUUCUACGCCGUGCUCGCCGGUUUCUUCGGAGCUAUGUUGACCGUUUUCUACCAAACGUUAGACCCGAACCAGCCGAAAUGGCAGCUGGAGAAUUCCUUGAUCGGGAGCAACCCUGGCCUCGGGUUCAGGCCCAUGCCCCCAGCGAGUAACGUCGAGAGCACCUUGAUCUGGUACAAAGCCAGUGACGAGGGUAACUUCUUGCACUGGACGAGGGAGCUGGACAAGUUCCUCGAAGAGUACCAGAGGUCUCCCACCAACACAAAUGGCGCCCAGAAGAGGAUGGUUUGCGACUAUGGGAAACCACCGGCGCCCGGCAAGGUCUGCGACGUGGACAUGACGAUGUGGGGACAGUGCACGAAGGAGAACAAAUACGGUUACAAUAAAUCCGCUCCGUGCAUUUUCCUGAAGCUGAACAAGAUUUUCGGCUGGAAGCCGGUCUACUACAACGACACGAAGAAUCUGCCGUCGACCAUGCCUGCUGACCUUCAGGAGCACAUCAAGCAAGAGGAGAACGCGAACAGGCUGGACACCGUUUGGGUAUCGUGCGCCGGUGAAAAUCCAGCCGACGUCGAAAACAUGGGGGCGAUUCAAUACAUUCCUCGCCGAGGUUUUCCCGGCUUCUAUUUCCCCUUCACAAACACCCCGGGAUAUCUCAGCCCUCUCGUAGCUGUUUUCUUCGAGAGACCUAAAUAUGGCGUGCUGAUCAACAUCGAGUGCAAGGCCUGGGCGCACAACAUCAUCCACGACAGAUUCGAGAGGCGCGGCUCGGUGCACUUCGAGCUAAUGGUGGACUAAACGGCGUCACCCGGGGCCCUCAUCAUUUUUGCCAGACCACUACCAACUGCGUCCAAGAUAUCUGUUGGAGGAGGAAGAAGAAGCAGAAGCAGAAGAAACAGGAGUAAAUUUCUUUUUUAAUCAAUAUCUCGCUGGCGGAUUCGUGACCACUCCUUCUUUUCUCCGGUCCCUUCAUCCGUCGACGGUACCGCCUCCCCCUUUAACCCCAAGCCGCGUUUCUUCUCGUCGUCGUAUUUAUCGUAGGAUCCGUCACGCGUUCACAACACGCUCAUUCUCGCUAUUCUCAUCGUCGUACCGUUGUUCUCUUUCAUUCGCGAUAUCUCUCUCCCUCUCUCUCUCUCUCUCUAUAUAUAUAUAUAUAACCGUCGUUUUAAUUCAUACUCGUGUCGCGCGCUUCUUACGAGACCAUAACACCAGGGGGGGUUGGAUCGUUCCGCGUAACGGUCGUGCGUUUCAUUUCUUCUCUUUCACGGACACAACCACGCAUACACACACUAAGGUCAGAGACACGCGAGAACACGAAGACAUCAUCGAUCGACGCUUCCACGAGCAAAUGAUUUAUCACGGGACGAUAGAUACGGACCAGUGUAAACAAACGAAAGAAAAAAAACAUAAAAAAAAAAAAAGAAACGAAAUUGGCUAUUAUACAAGCUGUAGAGACACAGAAUGAUACGUACCAACGGAGCACGCAUACGCGGGUACGUGUCGGGAUGCACAAAAACACAGUUCAGCGGAAAAAUUCUGCACAAAAAUACGAAGAAAAGAAAAAAAAUACAGAAGAUCGGCGGUAAUCCCUUCUUUAUAUCCCAGGGGGGGGGGGCGAAGGGGAGUGGUCGUACUGUCAGGAUCUAAGUAUCGUUCGGGGUAUCCAUUGGAACGCGUAAAGAGGUUUCCCUUUGAUCUUUCGCCCCUUUCGCGAGUUUUUCCACCUUUCUUUUCAUUUUCUUUUCUGUUCGAACCGUUUCUUCACAUCCCAUGUAUACCCCCUUGUUUUUCUGAUUUUCGUUCUUCCCACCACCCACCCCCGUCAUUUCCAGCCUCUCGUAGCAGGCUUUUGGGCCUGCGCGUGUGACGUGUUUCGUUUCCUUGAUCCUUUGAUUUCCCUUCAAUUUCCACGAGACCCGUCGGUACUCGUCUAGCUGACGAGAACCGCCUAACGUGUAGGGUACACCGAGGAUAAGAAUAAAAAGAAACAAAAAAAUAAUAAAGAAAGCAAACAAUCGAUAACUCUUAGUUCGUGCCACGUAGAGACGUAUUAAACUGAAACAAUGGUGAAAAGAAGAAAAAAUAUUAGUGUCUUUAACGCCCGUCGGUACGGUGCACCCGGCACGGUGGAACUUUUGAUUUCGAAUUCCAACGAAGAAGCUCUCGGACGCGGCUCUCGGCGAAUCUUGAUCGAAAGUUCCGCCGUUCUCGGUUGGGAGGAGGGAAUGGUCGGAAACGAUCGACGAUUCUGCCCGAUGGAAAAAGUCGAGAUUGACGGUUGCGAUCGGGCACGCGGGAAAAGUGGGGAAUAUGGAUACACGAGAAUGGUCGUCGAUCGGGGUUCGGUAGCGAUUUCGAUGGACCCGCGGCGGCGGAACUUUUCCUUGAUAAAUCCCCUUGGAUUCUGGUAAACCGAUCUCGAUAACGCGUGAACACCGAUAUUGCUCCCACGGGCGGAACAGGAAUUCUCCGUGUGAAAUUGGAAACACCACGAAACGAUUGUACAUAGAACCUUCGGUUUUUCUUUUUUUCGAAACGAUCAAACGGGACACGGCCCGAUUUUUUUGAUUUUUCACUCGAAGUUCCGCCGGUACGGGGUACGGAUCGUGGACGCUGUGUGGAGUAUUCGGUGUGCGUGAAUUAAUGGUGGUAACGUAACGGAGAGGGGGGGGGGGCAGAAAAAAAGAAAAGAAGUAGAGAAAUUGAUUUGUUUUAGGUAAAAUACACUAUUCUCCGUUAAGUUUCAAACGAAAAGAAACCAAAAAAAUCUCGAUACGAAAGUUGUUGCUAUUGUUCGCGCUAUCGGAAUGGAAAAGCAAUUUACAGAUAGAUGAAGAAUUCUAUAUAUAUAUACAUGUAUAAAUAUUUUAAUUCGCGGUGUUUUUAUUUUGUGCGUAAAACAGAAUUGCUCAAGUUCGCGACGCCCGGAAUAAUUCGUGUCGAUCAGUUUCACCGGGGGUGUGCGAGAUGAAUUCCAAGUGAACGCGAAUAAUAUUCGAUAUUGUUACCGCCAUUAGCGUGUGUGUCGGUGAAAGCGCGGGAUAUUUAAAACGGAAACACCAGCUGCGGAAGACGCCGGGGUUUCGUUGGAUUUCGAUUUGUCGAGAAACAGCGCGCGGACUGCACGGGGAAAAGUUUAAUCAGCCUAGUGAUAACCGUACGCAAGAAAAAAAAAAAAAUACCGUAUGGAAUAUGUAUUUAUGAUUAUAUUGUACCGCAUGAUAGUAUCUAGCGCUAGUCCACGCAAUCGUAUAGUCGAUAGGUUGUAUCACGCAGUCUGGAGAUCAGAGGAAUCAUGUUCUAUAUACAUAUACUAUAUAUGGACCGUUUAUUUUGAAAG